GACAGCUUCUGCCGCUCUGGUUCACUAGUAGUGGAAACGAGAGCUCCCGUUGUGUGAGGAAUCACAACUCACUGAUUGUUUGUCGGAUUUAACGCUUUACUUUUAUAAAAGUUGACCAGAAGCGCUCUCAGUUUGGAGUUUAAACCAGUCUACGGGUUAUGAAAGUGUCUCGGACGCUUUAAACAAAGUAAAAGAGAGAGAAGGAGGUAGAUGGCUGCUGGGGAUGGAGCCCAGCUGCCUGCCACCGUAGCGGCCAGCCGCAGCGUGGAGAAGGCUCUGGAGGAGGCUGCAGCCAGCGGGGCUCUCAACUUAUCCAACCGAAAACUGAAGGAGUUCCCCCGCAGCAGCAGGAACUACGACCUGUCCGACAUCACACACGCAGAUCUGUCCAAGAACCGCCUGUGUGAGCUGCCGGAGGAGCUUUGUCAGUUCAUCUCUCUGGAGACGCUGAGCCUUUACCACAAUGGGAUGCGUUCACUGUCCUCCAACCUGGGCAACCUCCAGGCCCUCACCUACCUCAACCUCAGUCGUAAUCUUCUGUCCAGUUUGCCCCCGUCGGUGUUUCAGCUUCCCCUCCUGCGGGUGCUCAUAGUCAGCAACAACAAGCUGUGUUCACUGCCUGCCUCCAUAUUCUCCCUCACACACCUCCGACAGCUGGAUGUAAGCUGUAAUGAGCUGCAGUGUUUGCCAGCAGAGCUCGGCCAGCUAGAGUGUCUGAGGGACUUAAACCUGAGGAGGAACCAGCUCGCAACUUUGCCUGAAGAAAUAUCCGAGCUCCCCCUCGUCCGGCUCGAUGUGUCCUGCAACCGCAUUUCCCACGUGCCCUUGUGCUACCGCCACCUCCGUCAUCUCCAAAGCAUCUUGCUGGACAACAACCCGCUGCAAAUGCCGCCUGCGCAGAUCUGCUCCAAGGGCAAAUACCACAUCUUCAAGUACCUCAACAUGGAGGCCUGCAAGAGGACUCAGGAGGAGAUGGAGAGACACCUGAGGCCCACUGGGUUCAACAGCUGUCUGUCAGAUCAGGAGCUGUUCACAGGGCAGUUCGGAGGGCUGGAUUCUGGCUUCAACAGCGUCGACAGCGGCAGCAAGCGGUGGUCUGGGAAUGAGUCAGCAGAUGACUUCUCGGAGCGUUCCCUCCGCAUGGCUGAGGUCAGCAGAGAUCAGAGGAACCUAGAGGAGGAAGAAGAGGGGGAGGAGGAUGGAUCUCCUGUGGAAGCUAACAAAGUGAAUGGGGUUGCUGAGCAUGUGGACUUCAUUGACAGCAGUGUGACAGAGGAAGAGGAGGAGGAGAUCAGGAUGAAUCCACCCACACCUCCACUCACAGCGCCUCCUCUGGAGCAGAAGGAGAGCUCUUCUUCACCAUCCCAAACCCAGGACUCAACAAUAUGCAGGUCCAGCCUCCAAGUGGAGGUGGGCACCCCAUCGUCGGCCUCCUCUUCCCCCCUGUCCCCCUCCAGCCCCACCCUGGAGGAGCGGAGGAGGCCGGGCACCCUGUUCAUCUGGCAGGAGAGAGAGCGCCUGCAGCAGCAGCAGAGAGAAAAGGCCAGUUUGCUGAAGUCAUCCAGCAAAGCAGGAAGUCAUGUGUCCGCCGCACCACCACAGACAGGAAGUAGCUCAGCUGGUGGCUCUCCAGAGAACAGCAACUCCCACUCAGGUCUUCGGCAGCGAUGUGCGAGUGCUGAUCAGAUGAGCUCCGUGUCUCCGUCAAUACUUCUGCAACGCUCCAGCAGCAGAACAGAAUUUCCAUCCUCGCCGAAGACGUCCCCUCCACCCGGUCAGGCCCAGAGACCCAACAGUUUCCUGUUCCGCGCCUCCUCCCGCAGCAACGUCAAACCCACAGUGUUUACUCUGGGUGAGUCUGGCAGAAGUGAGUCUCGCACCAUGCUGCGUUCUCCUAAAGAGGAGAGACCAGACAUCACACAGCUACGCAAGACUCUGGAGUCUCGGCUGAAGAUCACUCUAGCGGAGGAUCUGGGCGAGGCCUUAUCCAACGGCACGGUCCUCUGCCAGCUGGUGAACCAGAUCCGACCGCGCUCCGUGUCAAUCAUCCACAUUCCCUCCCCAGCAGUGCCAAAACUGAGCUCAGCGAAGUGUCGACUCAACGUGGAAAACUUCAUUGCUGCUUGUCGCAAGCUGGGAGUCCCUGAGACGGACGUGUGUGUGUCCUCUGAUGUGCUUCUGUGUAAGCCGCCCGCUGUGCUGCGCUGUGUGACGGCCCUGCUGGCUGCUGAGGGGGGGGAGACGGCGGAGGACCGGUCCCCCCGCCACUCCUCACCUUCGUCUUCAUCGUCCUCCUCCUCCUCCUCCUCUUCGCUGCUGUCCACAGAUUUCCUGCUCUUCUACUGUGUGGCCAUGGCCCUGCUCUACGUCCUCUACUGCUACCUGCUCACCUAGAGGAGCAGCACACAGUACUUUUUAUAUACACAUGACUGUUGAACUGCUCUACAGGCUGACCCACUAGAACACACACACUGUCACUGUUAUAGAGUGUGAAGCCAACAUACACAGCUGCUUCCACAGUUGUCCUCUCAGACAAUACUUCACAGUGUGUGUGUUUUCAGCAAUGCAUACCCUCCAUGGCUGUAGUGUGUGUUGACACUCACAGCUGCACUGGUUGGAUGUUAGAGCCAUAGAGAGCACGCAGCCGAGCACCUUUUACGAAACAGAAUACACUACAGCACACUGAAGCUCUUCAUUUAGACAUUUAGAGGAGUAGAAAGCACUACACUGAUACUGAUACUGACACAUACUACAUGAGAUGAACAGGGGCCUUAGCCUAGUUUAGCCUUCAGUCUGUAACACACAGCGGAGUUUUCUGUUUUAACUGUCUGAGGCAGAGCUGCUCUGCAGGCACAAACUCUCUCUCACUGGUUGAGACAUGAAUGGGCGGGGCAAAGGACCCUCAGCUGAAUCCCAGUUCCAUACUAUACCUUUCAUAUUUCAUGCAUGUGAAAGCACAGUUAAACUUAAAGCUGCAUCAAGUGAUUGAUAAAAGCUUGAUUUGACCCAUUAGUAUUUAGUAAUGAGUAGUAUAUCAGAAGCUUUAUUGUUACUGUGAAUUAUGUAAAUAGCAUAGCAUGUACUACUGUACUAUAUAUUAUAUUAACAGUUUAUUACAAUUUGGGUUUUACUUUCAAAGCCAUUCGUUUUACUGGUUAUGAUAACAUUGUACUCACCAAGUAAAUAGCUGAGAUGGGGGAACAUGGCAACAUCGUGAAAGCUAAA